CAUCGUUUUAACCAACCGGCCGGAUUGAGAUCCAAAAACUAUUCGGAGAAUACAACAAGGAACACAAUAUGAAAAAUCUCCUCAUUUUAGCUUUAAUGGUGGUGUCCACAGUAGCAGAACCUCCAGUUGACAGCAGGUACCUACCUCCACAACAAGGUGGCUUCAGCCCGUCACAAUCUUACGGAGCGCCCGCUGGCCAGCCUCAGAGGCAAACCGAUGCUGUCUUCAGAUCUCGUCCGGCCUCAUCGUACGGAGCCCCCCUGAACAGCCGGCCUUCCUCUCAGUACAUCCCUCCUUCGCCCCCCUCCAGUCAGUACGGACCCCCGGCUCGGCCCGGGGCCACGUAUGGUGCGCCAAGGUUCGGAUCUCAGGACAGACAAAGCGCUAGAGUACCGAGCACCCAAUACGGCGCCCCGGACGGCGCCCCGGACGGCGCUCCGCCCCAGCAGUACGGCGCUCCGGGGCUGAGCGCGCCCUCGCGACAGUACGGCGCGCCGGGAUUCGGAGGAGGUCAAGGUCAGGGUCAAUUCUCUGGUUCAGACUUGGGAGGUCAGAGCCGCGCGUACCUCCCACCAGGUCAAGGAAGAGGCUACGCGGGCGAUGAUGAUGGAUUCAAUGGGGAGCCUGCCAACUACAAUUUUGAGUACGCCGUAAAAGACGAGCCCUCCGGGAAUGAUUUCGGUCACCGGGAGUCGAGGCAGGGGGACCGAGCUGAAGGCUUGUACUACGUUCUUCUGCCUGAUGGUAGAAAACAGACGGUGCAAUACGAAGCCGACCAAAAUGGGUACCGGCCGAAGAUAUCGUACGAGGAUGUGGGCGUAGCGGGCGGCCGCGGCCAGGGGUACCAAAAUGGCGGGUAUCAAAAUGGCGACGGAUACCAAAAUGGCGGGCCUUACUAAAAGCCACGUAUCAACGAAAAGAGUUGAAGAACGAAUUUAUCGAAAUGUAAUUAAUGAAUGAAACCUUAGAAAUGGCGUAGGGUGAUAAAGAAGUAUCUUCAUUUGUUUGAGAACAACGUUCUUCAGUAAAUUUCGUUUCUUAAAUUAGUUAAGUGUACAACUGUGUUCAAAUAAGUAAUUUUGCAUAAUUUAUUUGAUUUUUGGAUAAGGUAAUUAUAACUGUAUGUACAAGUAAUAGAUCGGCGGUUGUCAGAAUGAGAACCAAAAGGUAGCAUAAGAAAAUGUUACAUUUCGAUGAUUUUGAAGCAAAAUAGAGAAGGAAAAUGGUAUUGUUGUGCGUGUAACUAGACGCAUUAUAGACGAAUUAAAAAGAAUUUAUUAGUACAGAGUAGGCCUAAUAAUUCUUUUUAAUUCGUCUAUAAUUUCACGUACUGUAAAGUUGAAAUAAAGAAACAUUAAAUUAAUUAUGCAAAAUACUGUCUACCAACGACUUGUGCAAGAAUUAAGGAAACCGAGCCAUAUAAGGCUAGAAAAAACGCUUAUUAGAUAAAAAUUAGCUGUAACUUCGGCAUAAUCCGGCCACUUUAAGUUGACACUUCAAUAAUACAGAUCGCUGUACUAUUCGCAGGUCAACUUAACGUGGACGUUUAGUUCCCUUGUUAUUUUUGUUAAUAUAUAGUUUAUUUUUUUUGUAAAUUUCCCUCAAGAGGAUGACAAAGGCCAGUCUAGCCAAUGAUUAAUAUAUUUUUCUUAUUUUUUAUUCUAAAUCUUUUUUAUUUCUCUUUAAGUAAUGAAUAUGACUUAUUGCGUUUCUUUUUCAGCUUGUUUUCCCCACCUAUUUCUGAAUAUAUUCCUUUUUAUA